AUGGCGACAUCCUCUUACCCCAUCUUCGGAUCUCAAAACCCUCGCACCCAAGUUGCCCUUCAUGCAGGGUUGAAAAUGGGACAAACAAUGGGAAUGAUAGUACCUCCCAUAUACCUCUUAACUCUGGCAGUCCGGAAGAGACCUUUCAGCAUAAGAAGGUUGAUGAAUGUAACGACUACUUGGGUCGGUAUCGGGUCCAUCGGUUUGGGAGGAUUAGGGUGGGCUCGGAUGGGGUCUCAAAGUGAGGAAGCUAUUUUUGAUAGGUGUGAGAGAUUGAAAUACAAUCAAGGUCAACUGAGAUGUGACGAUUAUUCAAUCAUAGGAGCUUCCUUAGGAGCCAUCGUCACCCCCGCUAUACUUCUCCGUAGGGCACCAUUACCAACAUUAGUGUUCGGUGGUGCCAGUUUGGGUUUAGGAAUGGGAACUUUGACACAUAUUAUCAAAAGUUUCACAGAAGGUGAAGAUGUCAGACCUGAAGGAAUGGUACGUUCUCCGUUCCCUCGUCCAGCUUAG